AUGAAUCAGAAUAACUUCUUUAAAUGGCUGCCUCAAGAAAUUGCUUUACACAUUUUCGGUGAGCUGGACGUUCAGAGUUUGUGCAGGGCUUCAAUGACAUGCGUGAGCUGGUUUGACACAAUAAGAAACAAUGACUCCUUAUGGAAACCUCAUUGCUUGGCUGUACGGGCUGUCUGCAAAAGAGAAGUAGAUGAUGAUCGAAAAAGCGGUUAUUCCUGGAGGGACAUACUACUGAGGAAUUACAAGAAGAGUCAAAUGAAACUUAGAUGGCUAAGUGGCAGAUACAGCUACAUAUGUUCUCCUAUUAGCCUACCAGAAUCAAUCAUGUACCCAAUGGAUGCAGAAACCUGGGGCGAAAUUCUAGAAGCAGAAUUGAAAAGACCAAAUCACAAACAGAUCUCAUAA